AGUAGUUUGAAUUCUGUCGAGCACUUUAACUGUUGCAGAAUACAGAUAUUGUUGCUCGCAGCUUUUUUGAAGAGAAAUCUGUUCCUGAGUGUUAUGAAGUUAUGAGUGAAUGAAACUAGCAAUUUGCUGUGAUUUUUUCUGCUGCAAGAACCUACAGUACAGGAAAGCAAGAUCUGCGUAUCUAAGAUUCCUGCUAUCCUAACUUGGAUUACAAAUACAACCUAGGUCUAGGUUGUUACCAGCUUAUAAUUGCUUUAGGAGAUCUGCUCUGGUUAUACACAUCCCAUCAUUGGUUGUUUCACCACUUCAGACGGAUCGCAACUUACCUGGGAUUCAUAACUGCUAAACCUCCUGUGUUUCCUCCUGCAGAGGUAUUUACUAUAACCUUAUAACUGUGAGGUCUAAAUAACCUUGACGAUAAACACCUAAGAAGCAAACCUCAGAGGAUUAACAAGCAGUUCACUGAUCUCCGGCUGCAUAGACAUUGAGCACUGCUGCCUGGAAACUCCCUCGCAGAUACGUGGAAACUACGCUUCUAUUGUAACAAGGUUCACUUAAGUUGGACACUGGGCUACAAUGUCUGCUCAAUGGGAGUAUGUGCCACAAGAAAUCCUCUCACAGAUCUUUUACUACCUCAAUCUGACAGACAGACGAGCUGUGUCUCAGGUGUGUGAAACCUGGGCAUCGGCCGUGUUAUCUAACGAUGUCUGGCAUUACACGGAAAUACGUUGGGUAUCUGAGGAUGAGCUGUUAUUUAUCGAAGAACUGCACGAUUUUCUGGUUCAUAUAAAAGAUCUGAAGAUUGUAUUUGACCAAUCAAUGGAGUCAAUUCGCAGAAACGUUUCCCUAGUUCUGGACUGUUUGUCCAAGGAGAGUAGUAAGCUGAAGAGUUUGACUAUUGUGUGCUGUGGUGAGAACCCCCUAUUUGAUUCUGGGCAAGAGAUCUUGGAGAGUAUUAUGAAAUUGUGUCGAAAGGAGAGUCGUAUAGACCUACACCAUGUUGAUCUACGAAAGCUUCCUUUUACACUUAGUGAUGGGUUUGUUAGACUGAUUGCUACUGGCAGCCCAAAUUUACGGAGUUUAUACAUCAACAAUGGUACAUUUGUUUGUCAUGUUACUUCUGAUACCCUUAAAGAGGUCUUGCGUGUGUGUCCUAAACUUUUAAUUCUUGGUGCCUUCUGCUCCAGUUUAUCAGAAGAUCUAUUUCAGGAACUAAUGAAGCCUGAAAGACCACCUUUUCAUUGCCUGGAUAUCUUAUGUGAACGCCUUGACAAAUAUAAAUUAGACAUUACUGAUAAAGCUUGGAAAGCCCUCUGCCAGCGCCAUCCCUCUCUUUCUGUGGACAUGGAACUUGAUCAUACCGUACCUGCAUGGAAAAUAAGAAGAAUCCUAAAGCCAAAUAUACCAAUCUCUACAUUGCAACUUAACACUUACAAUGAAAUGGUGCGACAGAUCCAAUUUGUCACCACACAUUACUGCCAUAGUCUGAAGAGGCUGGUGAUAUAUACCACGUCCUCCAAUGACUUGAACUCUGCUCUUAUUGAUCUGGCUGAGAAAUGUUGUAGCCUGGAAGAGAUACAUUGUUAUUGUGUUGUGUCACCAGAUGUUAUCCAAGCUUUUGUCACACAUUGUCUUCACUUGAAAAGAUAUACCCUGAAAGUAACCAAAGAGGAACACCCAUGGAAAUCAGUAACUCAACAUCCACAAGAGAUGCCGUCUGCUCGGAGUAAAUAGCACAACCUAUAUUAUACCUAAAAGCAGCAUUCACAAGUAGUUAAUUUAUAUAUUUAAACAUUAUCCAAAUUAAAUUUGUUUGUAAAAUUGUAAACAAAUCUAAAUCUGCUUAAAAAAAUGCAAUUGCAACUAUUACGUUUGCAUCAUUUUAUCUCUAUAAAUAUCAGCAUAAAGCAUACACUCAAGGAUUGCCAACAAACCUACAUUUUAUAGAUGUUCAUUAAUUUGUUAUUCUCCAUUAGUUAUUGAGAGAAAUGCUGAAUAUGGGUGAAGGCUGCACCAUUCAGCAAUUUGCGGUGCAGUUAUUAUUGUAGAAGUGCAAAUCCUAUUUGAUAUAUAAAAUAUUUUAUAUUUUUAUUAUUAUAAUAUAUUUGUGUGUUGCACUUUUAAACAAAUUUGGCGCCAAAAAUAUUGGAAUGCUAUAGCCUGCAGCCAUAUUUGGCAUUUGUUUCAGUAAUGAAUACCGAAUAACAAGGUAUUGCACGUGCCUUCUAAUUUUAGCUGCAAUGCCAAAAAGAGAAAAUGAUCAGAUAUUGUGAUUUUAUAUAAAAGAACAUUUGUAUUAUCCAGCACCAUUCGCCAAUUGCUUGGCAUCAGCUGGGAAACAGGAGCUGGAAACUGAAUAAUGUAUUGUCAUCAAUGUAUUUACAUAGUAACAAUGUAACAUAGUAGAUGAGGUUUAAAAAAAGCCAUAAGUCCAUCAAGUUCAACCUAUACAAAUUUUAAUAUACUUACAAAAAAGCUCCAGAUGAGCUUAAAUUAAUCCUAUUAAAAUGGUGACCCAUUUAACACAAGCAAUCAUAUCCCUGAAUUAUGUUUCUAGUCAGAAAUGUAUCUAAAAUAUUUUUAAAUGUAUCUAAGGCAUUUACUACCUCCUUAGGUAAUUCAUUUCAAGAAUUUGAUUGCUCUAACAGUGGAAAAGCUUUUACAGUGCAGGACAUUAAAUAUCCUUCCCUCCAGCCUUAAAUUGUCACAAACAAUUUUCUUGGAACAAACAGAGUUUCUGCCAUCUCUGUAUAUGGGCCUUGAAUAUAUUUGUAUAAAGUAAUCAUGUCACCUUUCAAGCGCCCUUUUUUUCCAGAGAAAACAGAUCCAGUUUUGUUAACCUCUCCUCAUAGCUUAAAUUCUGUAUUCCCCUUAUUAACUUUGUGGCCCUUCUCUGAACUUUUUCUAAGUCUGCAAUGUCUUUUUUUGAGAUUGUUCUCCAGAACUGCACUCCAUACUCAAGGUGAGGGAUUUAUUUAGUGACAGAAUUAUGCUUUCCUAUCAAUGCCUCUUUUAAUACAUGCCAGUAUCUUAUUAGCCUUAGAAGACACAGCCCUGUAUUGUGCACCCAUAUUUAGCUUGUUAUCUAUUGCUUCUCAAAAAUCCCUUUCCUCCUCUGUUUUGGUAAGUCUAGUCCUAUUUAAAUAAUAGGUUGCCUGCUUAUUUGUACUUACAAAAUGUAGAACCUUGCAUUUUCCAGUAUUAAAUCUCAUUUUCCAUUUACCUGCCCAGUCUUCCAAUUUUUGUAGAUCCCUAUGGAAAGCAAAUUCACCUUACACUGGCCUAAUGACCUUACACAACUUUUUAUAUCACCUGCAAAAAUCAGAUGUUGCUAUUUAAUCCUUGCUCCAAGUUAUUAAUAAAAAUAAUAAAAAGAAAAGGGCCCAGUACUGAUACCUGGGGGACUCCACUGAUUACCUCUAUCUGAGUAUGAUCCAUUUACUACUACUUGUUGCUCCAUGUCUUUUAUCCAGUUAUUUAUCUAUGAGCUAACAUUUUAAGAUAUUCCCAGUCUCUUAAUUUUGUACAUUAAUCUCUCAUGUGGCACUGUAUCAAAUGCCUUUGCAAAAUUCAAGUAUAUCACAUCAACUGAUUCCCCUUUAUCUAUGGUUUUACUUACUUCCUUGUAGAAUCUAAUUAGAUUAGUUUGACAUGAUCUAUUUCUCAUAAAACCAUGCUGAUUAAACUCAUAAUCUUGUUUACAAGAAUAUACUCAUCAAUAUAAUCAUUUAUAAUCCCUUCAAGUAUCUUCCCCACUAUUUAUGUCAGACUAACUGGUCUAUAGCUUCUUGGAUCAGCCCUGCUUCCCUUUUUAAAAAGCAGCACCACGUCAGCUUUACACUAGUCCUGGGGAACAAUGUCUGAGGAUAAUGAGUCUUGAAUAAUUAAGAUUAAAGGUUAUAUAUAACACUUUAUAUAUAUAUAUAUAUAUAACAGUGCUAAAUUCCCAUAACAUCCUGGGAUGUACUCCAUCUGGAACUGCAGUUUUAUUUACCUUAAUAAUAUCUAAUUUUUCCCCCUGAUAUCCUCUAGACAUAACCCAGUUAAUGGUAUGGGCUUGUUUGUUCUAGUUUGUUUCAAAGUAUCUCCCAUUUGUUCCUCUCUUGUGUAUACUGAAGAAAAGAACUGGUUUAGUACCUCAACCUUCUCCCUGUCUCUGUUAAUCAUGCUACCCUUCACACAUUUUUUUUUUUUUUUAAUCAAAGUUUUUUGUUAAAGGUAUUUAGAAAUACAACAAACAUGUUAACAGAAAUAACCACUUCAAUAUUACAUAAUCAAUCCUUUGUACAGAAAUCUCUAGAAUCACCUACCCAAAUAUAAAGAUGGUACUCCAGGAAAAUUACCCUAAAAUUAGUUAGCUGAUCUUUCAUAUAAUGAUCAUAAUAAAUGGAGAACCUUAUGACAGUCAUUCUUAGUGAAAGUGUGGCAUUCUAAAUUGAUACCUUAUUUUUUAUUAUACUCAAUGAGAUAGCUAUUUUACCUCUUUGUCAAGAUACAAUGCCUAAUAGGAUGAUAUUUUCAAGUGACAUAUUUUAGUCUAAUGACGUGUAGUAAGAGAAGCACAUUUCUAUGAAAACAAGCAGCGGGUUAAUACCGCUGAAUAGUUCACAAAACUAUGUGAAUAUAGGAGUAAAUACUAGUAAUUCUAAGAACCUUCUAGAUGUCGCUGAAUGGUGAAAAUAUAAUGAGAAAAGGCUCAGCUACUGGUACUGCUGAUAUUAGUAUUGAGGAAUGGUAUUAUUCUCAUAAUAUGCAAUGAGACAUUGGAAAUGUAAAAUGAGAAUAUUGGAAGGGAGGAGUAUAAAACGAAAGUGUUUAACCUACAAAGUGUAGGUUACAUUUAUUAUGUUGACAAUGUUAGAGAAUGAAUUGAACAGUAUCAGGCAUCUCACUUGAAAUAGUUAAAGUUAGAGUCAGCAGCUGGUCUGAACAGACGUGCAUCAACAGAGCUCCUGGCUAAAAUUAUAUAGUUAUAUGAAUUAUAGUCACAUCCUGCACUAUUUUGGGCUGACAAAAGAACUUUUAUGGCAGUUUACCAAGUGAGCAACACUUUAUGGAAUCCUGGUGUGGCUAAGUGGCACCCUUUUUUUUCCUCUACGGAUCGAAGCAGUAACUCUGAAGUGAAUUUGCUGCCCUUAAAGUCUGAAUUGAGCUACGGCGAUCAGCAGAUUGGGGACACGCAACUAACCCUCAUAAACACCACAUGUCACUACUGACCGCUUUGCUGUUUGGGAGCAAGUUUGAAAGUGUUGGGACAUUCACAGCAAGUGUUAUGAGAGGACCACUGAUUGGCGCCAAACUGAGUCAAGGUGUAUGGGACCCGACAGCUUGUAGCAACCGACCGGCAGAUCGGAGCACUUAGGGACAGCACAGCACUCCAGAUCAAGGACACAUCAAUACCCAAACAGAUGAGGCGGACUUCAGGACCAAAGAGUCACAAAUCUGGAGCCUGAUGUUGAUCGGCUGCUCGGGACUUAAACAACAUUCUACUGCCCAGAGCCAUUACGGCACUUUUAUUACACAAGCAAGCCAAGUAAACAGCACUGUGCAGGCCAUCUGUUAUGCUCAUGGGAGCUUUGCUUGUGAUAUGUAUGACACGGGAGCAAUAUACGCCCUAGCCUUUCUGUUAAACUGCUCUCUCAUUACGCAAAUCCUCUAGGCAUAUAAAAUGGAGUGCCAGGAAAUUACCUAUAUGCAGUGAAUGAGCCGUCCUAUGCUUGGAGCCCACGCUCUGAGACAGCUUCCUCUUGCCGGUCGGAGAACACUAUGCCUAGUAGCACAAGCAACCCUGAGGGUCACUCAACCCUCUUCACGGCAGACACCAGUGGCUGAUGGGGUAAAUUACCUUUAAGGAUCCCAACCUUAUCCGUAGCGGAAUGGAGACUGAACAGCCGCAUCAUUAAGGCCACAACUACUUCCUCACAGGCCGGAAUAUGUGACUUAAGACAACGCAUGACCUGCACUAACAGUGGGUUAAAAACGUAUGUAUUUUGGCAUACAACUCUUAGUCCAGCUAGUUUACUGCCACUUGUCCCCCAGUUUAUAUGACUUUCUCUCUCCCACCUAUUACUGUCAGACGUAUGGCGGCAGAUGAUUAUUCUUAUUUUACUUUGCACAUAAUGGUUUUGUUAUUGGAUUAGUUUGUAGUUGUUGUGUGAUUUUUUUUAUUAUUGGUAUUAUUUAUGCUCCAAUGAUAUACACGAUCUGUAGAGUUCUUAAGUCUCAGAAACAUCAUUCGCUUAACGUAUAUCAAGAUUUUACAUAUAUAUAGGUCGGCUUCAGAAUAUCUUUUGUAAAGAGUAGUGCCUUAUCCUGAAUGCCUACCACUUAUGCUAUGUGAUGUUUUAUGUUUCAUAUUACAAGGACACACUAAAAUACACUACACAAGCUCACAGGUGUGCUUACAAGCUUCUUGAUUUAAACAUCCAGCUCCUACUUAGUACUAGUUGCUAGGCGCUGUGUGUGCUAGGCGCUCUGUGUGCCAGGUAUUGAGUGUGCUAGGUACGGGUUGUGCUAGGUACUGUGUAUGCUGGGUACUGUUUGUGCUAGGUGCUUUGUGUGCUAGGUACAGUGUGGGUUGGGCAUAGUGUGUGCCUGGUACAGUGUGUGCCGGGUACAAUGUGUGUUGGGUACAGUGUGUGUUGGGUACAGUGUGUGUUGGGUACAGUGUGUGUUGGGUACAAUGUGUGUGCUGGGUACAAUGUGUGUGCUGGGUACAAUGUGUGUGCUGGGUAUAGUGUGUGCUGGGCACAGUGUGUGCCGGGCAUCAUGUGUGUUGGGUACAAUGUACCCUAGGUUCAAUGUGUGCUAGGUACUGCGUGUGCUAGGCAAGGUGGGUGCCGAGUACGGCGUGUGCUAGGUACAGUGCGAGCUAGGUACAGUGGGUACUAGGUAUCAUGUGUGCUAGGUACAAUGUGUGCUGGAUACUGCGUGUGGGGGAUACAGCGUGUGCUGGGUACAGCGUGUGUUAGGUACAAUGUGUGCUAGGUACAAUGUGUGCUAGGUUCAAUGUGUGCUAGGUACUGCGUGUGCUAGGCAAGGUGGGUGCCGGGUACGGCGUGAGCUAGGUUCCGUGUGAGCUAGGUACAAUGGGUGCUAGGUUCAAUGUGUGAAGGGUACUGCGUGUGCCGAGUACGGCGUGUGCAGGGUACGGCGUGUGCUAGGUACGGUGUGUGCUAGGUACAGCGUGUGCUAGGUUCAAUGUGUGCUAGGUUGAAUGUGUGCUAGGCUCAAUGUGUGCUAGGUUGAAUGUGUGCCGGGUUCAAUGUGUGCUGGGUACGGCGUGUGCUAGGUACAGUGUGAGCUAGGUACAAUGUGUGCUAGGUACAGCGUGUGCUAGGUACAGCGUGUGCUAGGUAUAGUGUGUGCCGAGUACAGCGUGUGUUGGGUACAGCGUGUGCUAGGUACAGCGGGUGCUAGGUACAGCGUGUGCUAGGUACAAUGAGUGCUAGGUAUAGUGUGUGCCGAGUACAGCGUGUGCUAGGUACAGCAUGUGCUAGGUACAGCGGGUGCUAGGUGCAGCGUGUGCUAGGUACAAUGUGUGCUAGGUAUAGUGUGUGCCAAGUACAGUGUGUGCUAGGUACAAUGUAUGUUAAGUACAGUGUGUGCUAGGUACAAUGUAUGUUAAGUACAGUGUGUGCUAGGUAUAAUGUGUGCUGGGCACUGUGUGUGCUGGGUACGACUUGUGCUAAGUACAAUGAGUGUUAAGUACAGCGUGUGCUAGGUAUAAUGUGUGCUGGGUACGGUGCAUGCUGGAUACGGCGUGUGCUAGGUGCAAUGAGUGCUAGGUGCAGCGUGUGCUAGGCACAAUGAGUUCUAAGUACAGUAGGGGCUAAGUAGAGUGUGUACUAGGUACAAUGUGCUUCUCACUUGUCUCUGGAAAUUUUUGUUACCUACAUUUCAAGAUGUUGGCAGAACCUCCUCCUCAAUCUAUAUGGACAAACCCAUUAAUGUAUAUUGCAGCAACUUAUCCUGACUUGCUCUUUGGAGUAUUAAAUUUAAUUUAUAAAUGCCACCUCCCCCCCCCCCACACACACACAUAUUCAGAGCCCACACUAGGGUUCAAUCUUGGUGAACUAUUUUCACCACAACUCAUUGCAAUUUACUGAUGUAUCAAUGUUUGGUCAGCUAUUGCAACCGGACCUGCGUGUCCGAUCCUUUUGUUUGUGUAUGUUUGAACAGGGGUCCUGCGUGUCCCCAAGUGUUACCUUUCAUUCUAAAACUGAAUAAAAUUAAUUUAAAAAAAAUAAAAAUAA